AUGGCCAUAAACCUCCUCCAAGCCAACAUCAACCACUCCGCCAGAGCUCAGGACCUCCUGUUCCAGAGCAUGGCGGAGUGGAAGAUACAUGUGGCGGUGGUGGCCGAGCCCUACCGGGUCCCGUCUGGGAACGAAUGGGUAGGGGACGCGGACGGCCUGGUGGCCCUUACGUCCCGGUCCGUCGCAGGCUCUCCGGCCUUUGCGGACGUGGUCCGAGGCCGAGGAUACGUGGCAGCCCUCGUCGGCGACAUCCUGGUGGUCGGGGUGUACUUCUCGCCGAAUCGGAGUCUCGCCGACUUCGAGAGAUUCCUCUCUGAGGUGCUGCACGACGACCCGUGUUCCCCCGGCCGGCGCAGCGUAUGGGACCUCGCUUCGCCUGGCAGUAUCGGCUUCGGUGCGCCAACAAGGUAA